GACAUAUUUUGUACAUUUCACUUGUUUUGAUAAAUCACAAUUUCAAAGCGUUUCUUAUUUGCGACACUGUUUAGUGAAUUUCUGCAUGUGCAGCAAAAUUUUAUGUGUUCAUAUUAGCCAUACAUGUGCCCAAGCACUUUGUGAGCUCUCAUCAUCUAAUAAGUUCCAAGCAAUAGACGGGGAAUGGCUGUUGAGGCACGGCCACGUCGCUAUUCAAUUGGUUAUACUAAAUUUAGUCGAUAUGCUAGAGUGGUUGGUAUCGUUAGCUGCCUGGUGCUGUUCACGCUGAUCGGACCGGUUGCUGGCGAGGAAUGGCACGACACGAACGAGGGGCAUGGCACGACGCACGAACAGCUGGGACAGCAGCAUUAUCCAUCCGUUGAUCUGACAGCCUACAAGUCGAAAAUUCGUUAUACUAGCGAAUUGAAUCGCACCAGUUGGAACAUCAAGCCCGCAUUCAAUCUAUCGCAAUUCUUCUUCGAUCACACCAUCACCGACACGCCCUCCUUGCCGCGCGGCUAUCUUGCGGUGAGAAAUGGCGAUACCCUGGUGCUGGGUCCCAAGGUUGUCGACAACGACUGGAGCGAUCUAUUGGGACAGUACUUUUUGCUCAUACUCUGGGUCAUAAUCUUAGUAGCUCUCAUAAUACUGAUUCCAUUCUUCGCCGUGUGCUAUUGUUGCUUCUGUUGCUGUCGCCGUUGCAAGCGCGGAUGUGCUCCCUGCGACGAGGCGAACGACAAGAGAAGGGCCCUGAUUUGUGCUGUGAUCCUGGCGCUGUUGCUCGUAUUCAUUUUGCUUGGCGCCAUCAUUGGCUAUACGUCGAAUCGGGGGCUGGACCGCGGCCUGGCUGAGACGGCGUCCACGGUGCGUCGUGGCAACGAAGACACCUGUCGCUUCCUGGAGGAUGUUAACGCGCACAUUCACCACAUCUUCGUCUACAACUAUGAGGAGCUGGAGGCCCAUCUGACCGACUUGCUUAACAAUGCCCAUCAUCACAUAUUCUUGGACUUGGCGGAUACUUCCGAGAGCAAUGCCGUCGAGCAUUUGGAGCGCAUUUUCGAUAAUAUGAUAGAGGCCAGAAUUCUAAUGAAGCAGGUGGUACAGCUGGACCAGGACCUGCGCUUCUAUACGACACAGCUACGCGAUGGUGUGCGAGGCGCCAAGCGAGACGUGAACUACGCCUGUUCCAAUUUGAUUAGCAAUAACAGGUGUAAACAAUUCUUAAAGAAUUCGGAAUUGGAAUUCGUUGAUACAUCGAAUUGCCUGCACUUGGAUAAUAUGCCGAACACGUCGCUGUUUCUGGAGGGCAUUGAGAAGAUCAUCAAGGACGACGUCACGAAAAUACCACUAAAGGCGCUGGAGCGCUUUCAGGAUAUUGCCAGCAAAAUCGAGACGGCAAUGAAUCAGGUGAUUCCGCCGCUGCUCCAUGACAUCAACCAGGGCCGUGAGAAGUUCCGCAUCCAAGCCACAAAUAUACGCAAAACGAUCGAGUCCGUGAUCAGCGACAUCCAUUUGCGCACUCUUCGCUCCACGGAGUCCUUUGAGGAUGUCUACGAAAAGUUCGGCAAGAACCGCAGCUAUAUUAACGCACUCGUCUGCAUACUUCUGCUUGUGAUUGUGAUCCUAAUGACCGUUGGCCUGAUUUGUGGCUGCACGCGCAGCAAACCAACGGGAGCCACAUGCUUGUUGAUGGGCAUCAUCUUGAUAUUCGCUGUCUUCUCAUUUCUGGUGCUGAUCGGGCUAUUCUACUUCAUGGUGGGCCUGGUGACAUAUCAGGGCGCCUGUGCGCCUCUGCGGGAUCUCGAUAAGAAUGCGCUGUUCCGGGAACUGGACGCGGUCAUCGAUCUCAAUCGCAUAAUUCGGACCAAGGAUGCGGGGCUAACGAGCGAUGUUGAGGUUAACGAAGCUAACGAAGAGCUGCGCAUGUCGAAGGCAAUCAAGUCGUGCAACCGAAAUCAAUCGAUAUUCGAUCUGCUGAAGGAUAACAAUAUUUAUAGGGUUGAGGAUUUAACGAGCAUCACCAUUAUGAGUGAAAGCAAGGAAGAAGAUAAAAAGGACUCAAUAUUCGAAGAGGAUCUGUCCGCUGUUUAUCUGCUAACCUCAGACGAAAGGAUCAAAUUGGAGAAGGCGCACACCGGCAACCUUUCGGGCUACCACAGCGUCUUGUAUGUGGAGAAUAUGUGCCAGGCCCUGACUCCGAACUUGGCCACAAUAUCAGCCGGUCUGAGAAAGGUACGGGACGAUAUCUACUACAGUAAUAGAUGGGACUCAUACUCCCGAUAUGGCCGGGUUGCCAUGAUAAACGAAGCCUACCAUUUCGAUAUGUAUAACUACGAAUGGUCCGAUAAGAUACUGAAAAUCAUGGCCAAGAUGAAGCAGAAACUCUUAAGGAUUGACGAUCUCAUUUUGUACGAGAAUCGCAAUUUUACCAACUCAAUAACUGUGCUGGCCAAUGCUGUCAUACGUGCCGAGAACUUUCUGAAAAGUCGCGGCAGUCAUUUCAUCAAUUCCCUCGGUCAGAAUCUGACCGAUGUGGUCAACGAGCAGGUUGAUGAAUUUAUACGCGGCAUUAUGGACGAGUGCAACAGAAACGUUGGCCGCUGUGCCCCACUCUCCUACAUUUAUUAUCGCGGUGUGGAUCUGGUCUGUUACCGGCUGGUCGAUCCCAUUAAUGGCUUCUGGAUGGGCAUACUGCCCGCUGCACUGCUCCUGCUGCCUCUCCUGUAUGUGGCUCAUAAGCUAAUGUGCUUGUGGAAGAGAAUGCACGCAUAUGCGGUCGCCGUAGUCGUUGUGCCCGAGCCCCAAAUCGGAGGCUGCCCAACCUGUACGGGUGCACCCUAUAUGCCGCCGCCAAUCAUCACCUGCACCGGCGGGAAACAAACCUACUGCCCCUGCGAACCGUCACGUCCCGGUGGCGGCGGUGCUGUUAUCGAUCUGGAGACCACGGAAUCCAAAACCAGCACAGAAGAGGCGGAGACAGCGGUCGAGGUCCGGUCGAACCCAUUGCCGAAUAGCCGUACCGUCGCACCGAAGCCAGAUCAAGAGUCGCCGGCAGUUAAACGGAAGAAGGAUUAAGAUGGAUUGUGUAUUAUUUUAUAGGUUAUGUUAUAUAGUCGUUAUUGUGUUGAACAUGAAAUUAAAGUACGUGUCUAUCUAGAGGAAAAAGAACAAU